UUAUCCUUUGUCCUCCUCCUCUCCUUCCUCCUCCUCCUCCUCCUAACUUACCUGCCUGGUAAAUCCACACCUGCAGCCGAAAGGAGGACGAUGUCCAACCCGCUCUCCAUAAAACUCAGGGAAGAAGAGGAAGAACAAAUAAGGAAACGUGGAGUCAGCGAGGAAAGAAAAGUUGAAUGGAUUUACUGCAAUGUCGCUCAGAAAUUGUGUUUUAUUACAAUGAGGACAUUUUGAAACGAGUUUGAGGACUUAUGAGGAAGAUGUUCUCCUUUCUGCGGUCAGCCAGAGAACCCACACCUGAGAACAUCUACAUCUCUUCUCUGCCUCCCAGUAUUCCCGCGUACGAGCAGCCGGAGCAGACAGCCGAACAAGCUCAUGACGUGGUGUCAGCGGCAGCAGUGAUCCAGACCACACACACACACAGAGGCUCAGCUCCCUCCGUCUUCUUCCAAAAACAGAACAAUGACCCGGUUUCUAGUACUUACUUUGACCAGAGGGUCCAUGUUCCCGAGGAGGGGAAUGAGAAGUGCUUUAGUCUCCGUAAGCUGUGGGCCUUCACUGGGCCGGGGUUUCUGAUGAGCAUCGCCUACCUGGACCCAGGUAACAUUGAGUCUGACCUGCAGUCUGGAGCUAAAGCUGGAUUCAAGCUGCUCUGGGUGCUGCUGAGCGCCACCAUCAUCGGCCUGCUGCUGCAGAGGCUGGCGGCUCGACUGGGUGUGGUGACGGGAAUGCACCUGGCCGAAGUCUGCAACCGCCAGUACCACACUGUGCCUCGUAUUAUGCUGUGGUUGAUGGUGGAGCUUGCGAUUAUUGGCUCAGACAUGCAGGAGGUCAUCGGCUGUGCCAUUGCGUUCAACCUUCUCUCCAGCAACAGGAUCCCGUUGUGGGGCGGAGUCCUCAUCACCAUCAUCGACACCUUUGUCUUCCUCUUCCUCGACAAGUACGGUCUGCGGAAACUGGAAGCCUUUUUUGGUGUGUUGAUCACUGUCAUGGCCAUCACAUUUGGAUACGAGUAUGUGACAGUGAGUCCAGACCAAGCGCAGCUGCUGACAGGGAUGUUUGUGCCGUACUGCCAGGACUGCGGGCCUGUUCAGCUGACUCAGGCCGUCGGCAUCGUGGGAGCCGUCAUCAUGCCUCACAACAUCUACCUCCACUCUGCUCUGGUCAAGUCUCGAGAAGUGAAUCGCUCGGACGAGAAGGAAGUCAGAGAGGCCAACAAGUAUUUCUUCAUCGAAUCGACCGUCGCGCUCUUUGUCUCUUUCCUCAUUAACGUCUUUGUGGUGGCCGUUUUCGCAGAGGCUUUCUACCAGCGCACAAACAUAGAGGUGUAUAACGUCUGUAAUCAGUCAGGAAGUCCUCACUCACAUCUGUUCCCUCUGAACAAUCAAACACUGGAGGUGGACAUUUACAAAGGGGGAGUGGUGCUCGGAUGUUUCUUUGGCCCGGCAGCGCUCUACAUCUGGGCUGUGGGGAUUCUCGCAGCUGGUCAGAGCUCCACCAUGACUGGAACGUACUCUGGUCAGUUUGUCAUGGAGGGUUUUUUGAACCUGCGCUGGUCACGUUUCGCUCGGGUGCUGUUGACACGCUCCCUCGCCAUCACCCCGACUCUGCUGGUGGCCAUUUUCCAGGACGUGCAACGUCUCACGGGCAUGAACGACUUCCUCAACGUGCUGCAGAGCAUGCAGCUGCCAUUUGCCCUCAUUCCCAUCCUGACUUUCACCAGUUUACCUUCUCUCAUGAAAGGCUUUGCCAAUGGACUGGUGUUUAAGGUCGGGGGAGGACUGGUCAUUUUGGUCGUUUGUGCCAUCAACGUGUACUUUGUCGUGGUCUAUGUGACCGCUCUCAACAGCGCGUGGCUCUAUGUGCUGGCAGCGUUCCUCUCCCUAGCAUACCUGACAUUCGUGGGAUAUUUGGUAUGGUUGUGCCUGAUUGCUCUGGGCGUUUCCUGUCUCGAUCUGAGCACAAGGAGAGGGAACGACACGACUAUUCUGAUCGAGCAGCAGCCAGAGUUUGACUCCUGAAUGACAUGCGUUCACGUGGACAUUUAUUACAAAGGUGCAGCUGUGAGUGUUUAUAGCUCUCAAAUGACGUUUUUUAAUUUUAUAUGAAUGUGCAAUAUACUUGUAAAGUGCAAAGGUUUCAGGCACUGUUUUAAAAAAAAAAUACUGUAAAUCCAUCAAUUUUAUGUAGGAGUUACUUUCAGACAAAAAACUAACUGCAAAUGAAGAAAAUCUAUUUAAAAUCUACUACAGUAACGACAACAUGCCACAGUUAUUCUGUGGAUAUAGUUUGUAUCGGUGUCCUCUGCCUCUUCAUGUGGGUCCAGGCAGACCAGUCAUGUUGACAUCAGCCCUUAUUUCUCUGUAAAUCAUUCUUUUCAUUUUGAAUCAUUGUCCUGCUGCAUAAGAUUUUCUUAAGUGCACACGAAUGGACUCCAUCACAAUUUGUCACGACGCUGCUGUCGUCACAGACUGUGUCUUCCAUCAAACUGCAGAUCAGUGGAUGAGAUGAGAAGAAGAAAACAACAAACGCAUACAAAGCAGAGUUGCAGGAUGUUCAAUGACUUGUUUUCAUAUAAUAUAUAGUGAAAAAGUAACACACACCCAUGCUGCUUUUAAGGCGCUGACGACUGAGAAACAAGAUUAAAAAUGGGAAAAAAAUGUCCCACACACUCAUGUUUAUAAAGUUGAUUUUUUAAUAAGUAAGUACGGUUUAUUUAUUUAGCACAUUUCACAGAUAUAAACACAAAGUGCUUUACAAUAAAAAUAAAUACAAUAAAUAUUAAAAGAGACAUAAAAAUGCAGAUUCAAAGCCAUAAAAACCCUCGUUUAACUAAAAGCCUACUUGAAUAAAAGAGUGUUUAGCUGCCUUUUAAAUGAAUCCACACCAUUUAAGCAACAUAGGAACAGAGGCAGUGUGUUCCACAGUUUGGGAGCCACUGCCUGAAAGUGAUGACAUUUUGGCCUUCAGGCCGUCUUCAACAUCAGAAACAUUAUGACACUGGCUGUCGUUUAUGAUGUAAGUCGCUCCUACUUGACCCAUGUGCGUCUUUUGGGAAUCGAUCAGUCAUGAGUAAUUUGACAGUUCAAAGAGUUUAACUUUGUAAAAAUUGAAAAUCCAAUUUUCCUACAUUUCAUAAAUACCGGGGAAAAAAAAAACUUAAAAAUCUGCAACAUCCCCAGGUCGACCUAUCGUUGCCAGCACUGGUUCUUUCACGGCUAAUAUACAUGUAUCUACGUUUGUGGAUCACCACAUUAGACCAUUAGCUGAAAACCUUCCUUCUUUCACAAAGGACACAUCAUUAUUAUAAUAGGGUCGAUCAGUCCUCUCUCAAAAAAAGAUGAAGAUAUAUGUACACAUCUAUACCACAUGAGGGAGGUAUUGAGGUCCUGGAAUACUUCCUGGACAAAUCCGUAUGUCCUUCAUAGAACUAGAGUCAGUUGAACUGACCUUAAAGCACACCUACUGGAUGUUUGAGGAUGUCUUUUAUAUCCAAAAAUCUAUGUACAGUUUAUUUUCACACUCAUUUUGUAACCUAUAUGUGUGUUUAUUUGAAGAGAUAUCUAUUCUGACCAUACAUACAGUACAUUGUAUUUUUUUUGUGUUCGAUGGGU